AUAGAACCUUGUCUAAAUAACACCCACGUAACUUAAUUUGGAAAUUCGCCGCGUCAUUUAAAAAUAGAAAGUAUAGCAAGCAAAAAUGCAAGAGAUCAUUUAUCAUUUAUUAUCAUUCAUUUAUUAAUAUAAAUCAUUUAUUAUUUAUUGAAAUAUUGAUGAAUAAUCCCCAAAAAAUUGUUAAAAUAACUUAAUAACUUUUUGUUUGUUAAUUUAUUGCAUUAAUUCUUGGAGUUGGCAACACUGACUGAUGGCGGCAGGCAGGCAACAUUGUUCCACAUUUUUAAUACAGUUUAUCAGUGUAUUUGUUUAAGUUUAUUUCAACUUAAAAAGUAAAUUUUAGAUUAUUUUUAAUAAUAAAGAAUGCAAUUAUAAUGUUCUAACCUAAAAUGAUUUUAGUUAAUUAGUGUCCUUCUCAGGUGAGUUAAUGUGAUAAAUAUAAGUACUACAACAUUAUUUUAUGACCAACUUUUGCAAUGUCAUUUUUGCAAUGAGUAAAAUAAACUUUUUGUUUCUGAACAAAACACAUAACGUAAUCCAUUGGACACGUAGUUAUUAAUUGGCAAGUUGUUGAUUGAUUUUUUUUUCUGAAGGAUUUUAUGUGAUUAUUGAGAAACAUCAUGACGUAAUUUUUUUGUUUAAUUAAUAAUUUAAUUAAUGUAUAUAGUAUUCUAAAAUAAAUAAAUGUAAACUACAAUUUCGUUAGUCAUGCAACGUUGGUUUUUUUUAGAAGAUCGGAAAAAGACCAGGAUUAAGCCCCCUAAAAAAAUGUCCCUGGAUGUGCCACCACCGGUCAGGGAAAUAACAUCUCAAGAAUGGAUAUUUACAGUGUCUGUACCAGCUCUACGACCAGAAGAAAAAGUCGUAAUUACAGGCAGUACACAAGAAUUAGGUGAAUGGGAUUAUACUAAAGUUGUUGUUAUGGAAUCUCAGUUAGGGACCGAUUGUUGGACAAAAACUUUGGAGAUACCAAAUACUUGUGAUAUAUAUUAUCGAUAUGCCAUAUGUAUUCUCUCUGAAGAUUCCAAGCAAGUCAUAAUCUGUCGUUGGGAAACUAAUUUACACCCUCGAGUUAUAACAGAAAACACACUGCACCCUCUCGUUGAUAUAUUUGGUGACUAUGAUGGUAAACAGAAAAUAGAUCAUGGCUGGCUCACUGUUCAGACAUUAGUUCAAUUUAAAUUUACCAAUAAUCCUCAUAAAUUGAAGAGCAGUCUCUCCCGUAGACUGAUGAAUAUUAAAGUUACUCCUGUUAAAUUAUCUUUUGGUUCUGAGCCUCAUGUGGAAGAGUCUUCCUUGAAUAGUGAUACAGUUGAAGCAGAAGUGCCAUUCGGAGUAUUUGUUGAAGUAUCUACAUUAGACAACUGUCCUUCAAUGUGCAUUCCACACCCUCAGGAACAAUUCGGAAGGGAAUAUAAACCUAAUGAUGUGAUGCUAGUGAAUGUAUUUGCACCUGAACCUAAAGCCCUAGCAUAUCUCAUAGAUUUUUAUUCAUUCAGUUCUCGUGCAUCAACUGAAGAUCCACCUUGCCAUAUAGGUUAUACUUACGUAUUACCAAAUAUGUUCAAGGCCUCUGGGGGAGGUUUAGAGUUACCUGUGACAUGUAAUGUGAAGCAUAGACCACUGGGCACUGUAAAAUUUGAAUAUUUAAUUGUUUACCCUAUGGAAGAAAAGCUCAGUAACUUCCAGGUUUCUUAUGCAAAACAUUGGGAUCCUGCCUGGACUGGUCUAGAAGUGGGCCAUCGUGGACUUGGUGCAAGUUUUAAAACAAAAGAAGGAAAUUCUAUUCGUGAAAACACAAUAGCUUCCCUUAAGAAGGCAGCUGCAAGUGGUGCAGACUUGCUAGAAUUUGAUGUUCAGCUAAGUAAAGAUAUGAUACCAGUUAUUUAUCAUGAUUUUUAUGUAUGUAUGUCAAUGAAAAGAAAAAAGGAAGUUGAGUUUACUGAAAUGUUAGAAUUACCUGUGAAGGAUUUGACUUUGGAGCAACUUCAAAAGCUGAAGGUUUAUCAUUUAGUGGAGGGAAGAAAUCAUGAAAUAUUAUUUUACGACGAGGACUUGGAAGAGCAUCAGCCAUUUCCUACUUUAGAAGAUGUUCUUAAAAAUAUAGAUCUACAUGUUGGUUUUAACGUCGAACUGAAGUGGACUAUGGAAAUGGACGACGGUACCUUUGAACUGAACAAUCCUUUUGAUAUGAACACUUAUGUUGAUAAGGUAUUGGAAGUGGUUUUAAAAAAUGCAGGUCAGCGUCGUAUUGUGUUCUCAUGUUUCAAUCCUGAUAUUUGCACAAUGGUACGACAUAAGCAGAACAAAUAUCCCGUCAUGUUUCUAACAAUCGGAAUAACUAAAAAAUAUCAACCAUAUCGCGAUCCUAGAUGUUUGUCUAUACCAGCAGCUGUACAGAGUGCUGUAAGCAGUGAUAUCUUGGGAAUUGUCGUCCAUACCGAAGACUUGCUACGGGAUCCUACUCAGGUUAAGCUUGCUACAGACGCGGGUCUCGUUAUAUUUUGCUGGGGUGAUGACAACAACGAUAAGAACACCAUUAAAAAGCUCAAAGAAAUGGGCCUUCACGCUGUGAUAUACGAUAAACUGGACCAGUAUACAACUAAGGAAGUGAAGGAGAGCAUAUUCCUAGUGGAGGCGCGUGAGUCCCAACGAGAAAUAAUGCGAUUGGCUGCACUAGAAGACCUUCCUGCUACAGAGAGCACCUCUUCUGCUCAAUUAGAACUUGCCCCAGAGACUGCACCUAAACUAUAUCUUGAUCUCUCUGUUCGUAACAAAAUACAAGAGCGCUCCACUGUCACUUCUUUGGAAUCGCUUGCGUCUACGAUCGAUUUGAAAGACGAUCCUGUAGAUAAAACUUUGAAAAGAAACAGAGAAAUUACUCCAAAUAUGAUCAAGGAGUCCCAGGUGAAAGAACUCCAUACAUCUUUUAGAGGUCUUUUCCCGGCAGGAGACAUUUCAAAGGAAUUUCCUAAAAAGUCCCGUAAAAGUGAUUAAUCGAAAUGUUCGAAAACGGGAUUAUUAAAAAAAAUAGUAUUAAAUUCAGUAUAAUACAUUCUUUAAAAGAUUUUAUUUUUUGUAUAAUAUUUAAGUAUGUAACGAUUUUUAUUAAAAAUUCAUUAUAUAAGAAAUAUUUGGGAAGGAAAUUUUGAUUGAAAUAGAUAAUUAUAGAGACAAAAUAUCCGACGUGAUAUAUAUACUGUUUUAAGGAUUAAUUCACAGAAUAGGUACAUGCCUUCACGAAAAUGUAUACAGUGCUCUCUGAAUAUUAACACUACAUCUUUGGGAUCAAGACUAACUUAUUUGCAAUCUAACUUUUUGCAAAAUUGCAAACAAAUUCGUUGGCAAGCAUACAGGGAGUUUUAAUUAUUACAAUCAGUCUGUGAUAUUUAUAAUUUUAUUUUUUUAAUUUGCUUCUAUUACCACUUAGAUUGUACUUUAUUACCACUUGUAUUUUUUUCUUUAAAUUUAAUUACAGAAUUUUAUCAACUUAACAUAUGUUUUUUUUUUAUUCAUUAACAUAAUUAUAUUAAAAACCAUUUUUUUCUUUAUGACAUGU